AUGAGACGCGUAUCUUUUUUUUUUUCCACUGAUAAAUUUUCCCAAUUGGGCGAAAUUGCGUUGGUCGAGAGUGAUGAGAUGCAUGCAGGCAGUAACCCACCUAAUUUACUCAACCUUAAGGUUGGUAAGAUUAUAGAAUGUGUCAGGCAUGAAAAUGCAGACUCUCUUUAUGUUUCUCGUGUACAGAUCAACCAGGAUGGAGAUUUGUUACAGAUUUGCUCUGGUCUUGUGAAUUACAUGAGACAAGACCAACUUCUCAAUCUGGAAGUCAUAGUUCUUACAAACUUGAAACCUUCCAAAAUGAGAGGUGUGCGAUCUGAGGCUAUGCUUUUAGCAGCAGAGAAGAAGUCUAUGGCUGAUCAAGAGCAAAUCCAGGUCAAGUUGGUUAAGCCGCCUACUGGCUCUAGUAUCGGAGAUAGACUAUAUUUCCAAGGGUUUAAAUCUGAUGACAGCCCUUCAAAGUUGAAAUCAAAUGCAUGGCAAGAAAUUCAGAAAUGCUUGAAAACGAACUCAAAAGGUGAAGCGUUCUAUGAAUUUGAAGAUGCUGAACCGUGCUAUUUGCAAAAUGAGCAGGAAAGUAAUGCCACGGCAGAAUUAGAAGAUGCAAUAAUUCGGUAG